AUGAAGGCCCAGCAACGACGCGCCUGGUUCUGCGCCACGGCUGCCGCCAUGGUCAUGGCUCUUGCCGGUUACGAUGCUUCGACUUUCAACUCAAUCCAAGGGUUCAAGACGUUCAUCAAUCACUUUAAGGAGAAAGAAGAUGACGAGCUUAAGCCUAACAUUCUAGGUGGAAUCAACACCGCUUACCAUGUUGGUGCCAUCGUCUCUGGCCUCUUCAUCUCUCCGACAAUUUCCAAAAAGUUCGGACGCCGCGUUCCCAUCCAGCUGGGCACCUUCAUCGUCCUCGUGUCGGUUAUGUUCCAAACAUUUGCGCCAAACAUCGCUUGCUUCAUUGCCGGUAGAGUCCUUAUGGGUCUCGGAAAGGGCAUCAGCAUGAACAACGGCCCAACGUACAUUGCCGAAAUCGCCCCCGCAAAGGUUCGCGGCGUCAUGUUGUCCCUCUGGCAGCUCUGGUACACAAUUGGCGCCUUCACCGUCUACUGGGCCGCCUACGGAGCACAAAAGUCAACUCUAGACAUGGGGAUUUGGCAAUGGCGCAUCCCCCUCUUUGUACAGAUUCCCAUCCCCAUAUUCAUCAUCGUCUCAAUGUUCUUUUGCCCUGAGUCUCCGAGAUGGCUGGUUGAGAACGACCGUGUUGAGGAGGCUCGCAAGGCUCUGGCCGAAGUGCGAUUUGAUGGCGUUGACGAAGAGAUUUCCGACAUCGUGACGGCUGUGGCCUACGAGAAAGCAACUGUCAAACACUGGGAUAAGUGGUGGGCUCCCUAUUUGACGUUGGUCCGAGAACCUUCCCUCUUGCGACGUGUCUUUGUUGUCAUCUUCAUCAACAUCGGCCAACAGAUCUCUGGCAGCUCUUCCCUCAACGCCUACACCACCCUCAUCUACAAGCAAGUUUUCAACAACGAUGAUACCAUCUUUCUCAUCAACGCUCUAUCUAGCACCUGCUCCAUAAUCUUUACUCUUAGCUGCACUCUUCUUGUGGACCGCGCUGGCCGCCGAUUCAUCCUUAUGCUUGGUGCCUUCGGUAUGUGCCUAUCGCUGCUUGUCGUGGCAAUUCUAGGCAUGAAGGUACCCGAAAACCCAGAUGGUUCGAGACCGUAUGGCAUGGGAGUUGCCGUCGCGGCCAUGUUUUUCCUCUUUAUCUUUUUCUACAAGCCUUCCUGGGGAGCCACCGUCUGGGUCUACACCUCAGAGAUCUUCUCCACCGACGUCCGAGCCCAUGGCGUUGCCAUCGGUGCACAGUCACAGUCCAUCGCCUCUACUAUCCUCAAUCAGUUUUUCCCGAGCUUCCUGAAGAACUGCGGCUUUUAUACCUUCUUCUUCUUCGUGGGAGUUAAUGCGUUACUAGUUAUUGGCGUAUUCUUCUUCCUUCCGGAGACCAAGAGUGUCCCUCUUGAAGAGAUUGAUGUGCUCUUUGGCUCUGUCUCGCAUCGUGCGCAUGGAGAAGACGUUAUGGAGGAGAAGCUAAAGGAUAAUGGCUCUGAGCAUAAGAAUUGA